GAUCUGUUUUCGGAUGUUUUCAGCCUGAAGAGGCAUUUUCCACCUUGGGCCGCCUUAUGCCCAGUGACUUCUUGUUGUUUGCACAUUAUGGCGAGCCGACGUUUGGCGACCACUCUACAUUUGCUGUUCUGCUUGGCUGAUGCCAAGCAGAUGAAUCAGUUAUUACGGCGCGAGCCCUCCACCGUGACGGAGAUCACCCCUGCCUCCAUCACGGCCAAAGUGGCCACUGACAUCAGCUUCACGGGGGGUACCAACGGAGACAAGGUGCAGUUUGCCUUGGACUGCAAGCAGCUGAGCUCCAGUGGUUGGUUCACCAUCGCGAAAGGCAAGGCCAAGAUCACCCUGGACGACGAAGCCGAGCAACUGAAAUUAUGCUACCAGGCGGCCGGAAAGGCCGACGCGGUGGAAGAGCAGAAUGGCAUUUCCCUCGCCGUUGUGGCUUCUACUAGUGGUGGCAUCGUGACGGCCAUCAGCCCCACUCAGAUCGUGCAAGGUGAGGCUGUUACCAUUACCCUGACUGGUGCAGCAGCAGAUUCGAAGGCUAUCUUCAUCCCCGCGAAGGAUGACUGCAAGAACGCCAUACCCAAGGUCUCCUUGGAUCUCAAAAGUAGGGGUCUCUUCACAGUGAAUGGUGCCGGUGGUAGCUACAAGCUCUGCUACCAAGCCCCUGGGGGAAGCGACUCAGUGGAGCAGAAGCCGGCAGCGGGCGCCAUCGCGCUGAAGGUGGAGCAGGUGCUGACGACCAACGAGGACCAGAUCACGGUCAUUAGCCCGACCGCCAUCGUGUCCAAUGUGCCCACCGUCAUCGAGAUGACGGGCGCGAAGGAGGGUGACAAGGUGAAAGUGGUGAAUCCGGAAAGCUCCUCAUGUGAGCAAGAGGCGCCCCCUGACAAGGACGUGGGCACUGGCCGCGCCUCCAUCACGGUCAGUGGCGCUGGGGUCUACGUGCUGUGCUAUACGGCAAAAGGGGCUGCCGAUUCUGUGCAACAGAGAGGCAUCACCCUAACGGUGAAAGCCGCUGGCGCGGCGCAGAACAUGUUGGGACGCUGGAGCAGCAAAAAUGGGAACUUGGACUGCGCCAAUCUGGCGCAGGUGCCCUAUUGUGGUUCUGCAGGUAUUGCCGCGUGCGAUCAGAGCUACUCCAUCCAGUCUGGCAUUGGCUACAGAUGCUUUUGGAACAAGGCAAAGUGGCCACCCCUCUGCGAUGUGGAUAUGAACACAGAAGACAGGGGCGUCAUCUGUCAGUCCAACUCCUGUGGCGGGGCUCCAUCCAUGUGUUGGUGAGGCGAUGGCGAUGGUAAGGUGACAGGCACCUUUCAGAUCCUUUCAGCGACUUCUGAGUGCUCGAAGCAGCCAGAAGAUAUUCCGAAACACCACCGGAAAAGAUCGGCAGUUGUAAUGGGGAUAUCAUGGGGGUUAUUUUAU